AUGGGGAGUAGAUUCAUCAACAACCAGUUUGUAAGUGAGGUAGAAGAUGCCGAAAAUUCGCCUGAGAACAGUGCAGAUUCGCCCACCUCCGCCAUGUCUAACGAUACCAAGAUGACUUUCACUUCGUCUCCAAGGACAAGUAGGCGAGCCAUUCAAAAAAGAGUGGUGUCGGUGCCAAUCAAAGAUGUUGAAGGAUCAAGGCUUAAGGGCGAUCAUAUGAGUGCUCCACCAUCUGAUUCUUGGGCAUGGAGAAAAUACGGCCAAAAGCCCAUCAAAGGUUCACCCUAUCCAAGAGGAUAUUACAGGUGCAGUAGCUCAAAAGGCUGUCCGGCAAGAAAACAAGUGGAGAGGAGUAGACAGGACCCUAAUAUGCUGGUGGUAACAUAUUCUUCUGAACACAACCACCCGUGGCCGGCUUCUAGAAAUCAUCACAACCACCGUCAUAAAACCUCUGCCGCCGCCGCCAUGACAACAAGAAAUACUACACCUUCGGUUUCUGAAGAAGAAGAAGAAGAUCAAGAUCAAGAUCAAGAUCAAGAUCAGAAAGAGCCCGUAAAUGUUUCCAAUGAAUCUGAACUCGACUCUGAAGAUAAAUUUUCCAAUCUUGAUGAAGGGUCCUUAAUUAACGGUAGUGAAUUUGGAUGGUUCCCAGAUUUUUACCCUACUUCUUGCACCAUGCUAGAGAGCCCCAUUUUAACUGAAGCCAGAGAGAAUACUGAUUCCGAUAUGUCUAUGAUUUUCACAAUGCGAGAAGAAGAUGAGUCACUUUUUGCUGAUCUUGAUGAAUUGCCCGAGUGUUCAACCGUGUUCCGCCGUGAGAUGGUGCAGAGAGAGGUGGCGCACAGGCGGCACAGCCUUGCAACCACCGGGUAA